UUUCGGAAAUUGUGAUGUGCGUGUUGUUGUUGUUGACAGACAAGCUGCGUGCGUUAGCCGAGGUUGUGUACUAAUCGUGGCACUGAUUUCAAUUGCGAAUGGGGCUGCGAUGGACUGGGACCAGUUAGAACUGAAUCCAAGAGUGAUUACGGCUGUGAAGAGAGCGAACCUGAAGUCAGCGGCUGAUAAAGUGAUGUUAUGUGUCUCCGACUGCCUUCACCUGCUCCUUCUCUGUGUGUCUGCAGCGUUGCAGCUGCUCCGGGGGGAGUGCCCCUCUCUGGAGCCCAGCCACAGGCUCUCUCUGGGCUGCCCAGUGCUGGACUCCCUGCUCAGGGGGGGCGUCCCGCUGACUGGUAUCACCGAGAUUGCUGGCGAGAGUGGGGCAGGCAAGACUCAGCUCUGCAUGCAGCUGUGCCUGUCAGUGCAGUACCCCAGGGAGCACGGUGGACUGGGCUCGGGAGCUGUCUAUAUCUGCACAGAAAGUGCCUUCCCCUCCAAGCGCCUGCAGCAGCUCAUCUCCCUGCAGGCCAGGCUCAGGCCCGAGCUGCCUCCGAACCUGGUUACCAGCAUCCAGUUCAGCAACAACAUUUAUAUCGAGCACGCAGCUGACCUGGAGGCGCUGCAGGUCUGCGUGUCGCGCCGGGUUCCCAUCAUGCUGUUGCGGGGGAUGGUGAGGCUUGUGGUGGUCGAUUCUGUCGCUGCUCUGUUCCGCUGCGAAUUCGAGGCCAAGGAGGCCCGGGAGAGAGCGAGGCACCUGCUCGCCUUUGCCCAGAGUCUGCACCGUCUCAGCCAGUCCUUCAGCACCCCCGUUAUCUGCGUCAACCAGGUGACGGACGUUGUGGGCGACUCUGAUUCGGCGCGGUGUAAUUUUGGGCUGGUGGAUCGUAGGGUGCUGCCAGCUCUGGGCAUCACGUGGGCAAACCAGGUGCUUGUGAGGCUGAUGAUGAGCCCACUGUCAGGGUGGGAUGCUGUAAGGGCAGAGGGCAGUAGCUUGGUAUCCAGGCGACUGGAGGUGGUGUUUGCACCACACCUGCCCCAGGCUUACUGCAUCUGCAGCGUGGGCAAGGAGGGGGUGAGAGGAAUCGCUGUGCCAACGCAGUCUGCUUCAGCACCUCACAUCCCCGGGACAGAGCCAGCAAACUGCACCACCGACGUGAACAAGGACACCUAAACCCUCCUUCUGCGCAACCCCUCCGGAGGGUCGAUGGCUUUUAUUUCUGAAACUGCCGCCUGUGGUUCACGUUUCAGUAGCGCAGGAUUUGCGAGGACAUGAGACUUUACAAUAAUGAACUAAAAAUUGAGUUGAAUACAUUAUGCAAAUAAAUUAUUUUAAGAAGUGGGA